AGAACACAGCCGUGGGCCUGACGGCGAGAUUUCACCAGGAGAGACAGUGUGCUACCGGCUUUUAGCAGUUAAUUCAACCGCCGUGCUAAAUAGAACCCAUUAAGAAAGAAGGGUUAAGUUUAGAUUAAUUCUCACAUACAGCUGCAAAUAUCAUUUUUCAACUUUCAUCUUUUCGCAUAAUCAACAGUAACGCUUUUUGAAUUGAGGAUAUUUUGCUACACUUUUCGUGUUCAAAUUUUGUAUUUGCCAUCUCUUUUUUUACGUGUGAUUUUUAUAAACGUCAUUUGUCUCUUUGUUUUCUGUUAUUAAUUCUGAGACAUGUCAGUGGUUGGUAUCGAUUUAGGAUUUCAGAACUGCUAUGUCGCGGUUGCCCGGGCUGGAGGAAUCGAGACGGUGGCCAACGAGUACAGUGACCGCUGCACGCCGGCUUGUGUAUCCUUUGGCCCAAGGAAUCGGAGUAUUGGAGCAGCAGCUAAAACCCAGGCAAUCACAAAUUGUAAAAACACUGUAAUCGGAUUUAAACAGUUCCACGGGCGUGCAUAUUCUGACCCAUUCAUUCAGUUGUCAAAGGAUCAUCUGAGUUAUGAACUUGUCCAAAUGCCUACAGGUGCAACUGGCAUCAAGGUUAUGUAUAUGGAAGAAGAGAAGGUAUUCAGUGCAGAACAAAUUUCAGGAAUGCUCUUGACAAAAUUAAAAGAAACUGCUGAACAUGCACUGAAGAAACCAGUUGCAGACUGUGUCAUAGCUGUCCCAUGUUUUUAUACAGAUGCUGAGAGAAGAUCUGUGAUUGAUGCAGCUCAAAUUGCAGGUCUCAAUUGUCUACGUCUUAUGAAUGAAACUACGGCAGUUGCACUUUCCUAUGGGAUUUACAAGCAAGAUCUUCCUACUCCUGAGGAAAAGCCAAGAAAUGUGGUAUUUAUUGAUUUGGGACAUUCGGCUUACCAGGUCUCAGUAUGUGCCUUUAACAAAGGAAAGCUAAAGGUUCUUGCCACUGCAUUUGACCCAUAUUUGGGUGGAAACGAUUUUGAUAAAAUGUUAGUCAAUUACUUCUGUGAAGAAUUUGCAAAAAAAUAUAAAUUAGAUGUGAAGUCAAAGAUUCGAGCUUUACUUCGCCUUUACCAGGAGUGUGAGAAACUAAAGAAGUUAAUGAGUGCCAAUUCUUCAGACUUGCCAAUGAACAUUGAAUGUUUCAUGAAUGAUAUUGAUGUUUCUGGAACAAUGAACAGAACUCAUUUUGAGGAGAUAUGCUCAGACCUUUUGGCUCGAAUUGAACCACCACUCCGCAGCAUUUUGGAGCAAGCCAGACUAAAGAAGGAAGACAUUUACGCAGUUGAAAUUGUAGGCGGUGCUGCUAGAAUCCCUGCUGUCAAAGAAAAGAUAAGCAAAUUCUUUGGGAAGGAAUGCAGCACAACACUAAAUGCAGAUGAGGCAGUAGCUCGAGGUUGUGCCCUUCAGUGCGCAAUCCUGUCCCCUGCAUUUAAAGUUAGGGAGUUUUCCAUUACUGACUUGGUUCCUUAUUCAAUCUCUCUGAAGUGGAAUUCUGCAGCAGAGGAAGGCUUGGGCAAUUGUGAAGUGUUUCCCAAGAAUCAUGCCGCUCCUUUCUCUAAAGUGCUCACUUUUUACCGAAAGGACCCAUUUUCCCUGGAAGCUUAUUAUACUUGCCCUAAAGAUCUCCAGUAUCCCGAUCCCAUAAUUGGUGAGUUCAUGGUUCAAAAAGUGAUUCCCCAGGCCAGUGGCGAGAGUUCUAAGGUUAAAGUAAAAGUUCGUGUGAACAUACAUGGAAUUUUCAGUGUGUCCAGUGCAUCACUUGUAGAAGUGCUAAAAUCUGAAGAAAACGAAGAGCCAAUGGAGACAGAACAGUCUUCUAAAGAUGAGGAGAAUAAAAUGCAAGUAGAUCAGGAGGAUCAAAAGUCACCAGGUGAAAAUGAACAGAAGGAAACUUCAGAGAAAAAGAGUGAUUUAGAAGAUAUGGAAACAUCCCCAGAAGAUGUAAAGCAGGAAAAGAAGAAUGAUCACCCACCUCAAGCUAAGAAAGCAAAGGUUAAAACCAAGACUGUGGACCUACCCAUUGAGCAAAGCUUACAUUGGCAACUGGGAAAUGAUGUACUCAAUUUGUUUGUUGAAAGCGAGUCUGACAGUUUAUUAUAUUUACCUUACAAAGUUGACAAAAAUCAUGAAACUGUGGAGAAUGGCCAAUUGGAAUAUAAAGUGUCUUUUUUACCUCCACUUAUUCUGAACUUUGAAUUUCCGGAUGAUUAUCCAUCUGCUUCUCCUCCCAGGUACUCUCUGAGUUGCAAGUGGCUCACAAGACUUCAGCUUACAGCAGUCUGCAAGCACUUGGAUGAACUUUGGAAUGAAAACAAUGGCAGUGUUGUCUUGUUUACAUGGAUGCAGUUCCUGAAGGAAGACCUCCUCAAGUUCUUAAAUUGUGAGUUGCCCUUUGAGAUAGUAAAUGGAACCAAAGGUGUGAAAAAAGAAACAUUGGACAACAGAGCAAUUCAAGAGGUUGACCCCAGAAUAUACCUUUUGCCACUCCUUCUUGACUUUGAUCAAGCCCAGCAGCAAAAACUAUUUGACAGCAAAACAUAUGUAUGUGGUGUUUGCUUCACAGAGAAGAUUGGAUCUGUUUGUUUGUAUUUUAAAGAAUGCAAGCAUGUGUACUGCAAAGCCUGUCUCACAGAUUAUUUUCGGAUACAGAUCACAGAUGGUAAUGUUCAUUUUCUUAACUGUCCUGAACCAGAAUGUACCUCAUCUGCAACCCCUGCACAGGUGAAGGAACUAGUGGAAGAAGACCUUUUUGCUCGGUAUGACAGACUACUUCUCCAGUCCAGUUUGGACCUGAUGGCAGACAUAGUGUAUUGUCCUCGAAAGAUGUGUGAAACAGCAGUAAUGGUGGAGACUUCCAAUGCCAUGGGUAUUUGUCCUCGUUGCCAAUAUCCUUUCUGUAUUUCCUGUAAGAAGACUUACCAUGGUGUAUCUCCCUGUAGGAGAACAAAAGAGGAGGUUCUUGAGUUUUGUAGCCAGUAUCUUGAAGGGUCAGAAGAGAAAAAAAAAUUGUUGGAGCAGACAUAUGGAAAGAGGGAGAUCGAAAAGGCAUUAGAAGAGUCUUGUAGUGAGGAAUGGCUUACGAAGAACUCCAAGCCCUGUCCCUUUUGCAAUACAAAUAUUCAGAAAGUGGAUGGAUGCAACAAGAUGACAUGUAUAGGCUGUAGGAAUUAUUUCUGCUGGGUAUGUCUGGGCUGCCUCAAUAAGCAUAGACCCUACACUCAUUUUGAAGAUGCAUCUUCACCAUGCUUUAAUCAGUUGUUUGAAAUCGUGAAUGAAGACAGUGACGAUGAAGAUUAGGAGGAUAACUAUGACCGAGUCCAGAUGAUAACCUACGUAUUGUGAUUCUCUAAAUUUAAACAAAAUCACAGUUUUGCUGAUUGAAUGAAAAAGAAAUAUGAGAUAAAUAAAACUGAACUUAAGGUGGUGGGUCAAGUUUAUCCAAAAGACAUGUAUAAUAAGUUAACUUUAUGUUGUACUUUUAAUAUUUUUAAAUAUUGAAAGAAUACCAGAAUAAAAUGGUAAGAUUUCUGGCUUAUUCAGGCUGUAAUGCAGGAAAGAUAAUAAUGGCACAACUGUUUACUUUGUUCUUGUAGUUGUGGAAUCCUGUGUGAUUUAUGUUCAUUAUUAUUCAAUUCUAUUAAUGAAACCAUUUUUUGGCUUAUUAGCUUGAACUCUAGAAAUACAAACCUUUAUUUUGUAAGCGAAAAUAUCUGAAGAGCCCAGCCAUGGAUCCUGUUGUUACAGUGCUGCUGAAUUCCUGAUUCUUUUUUAAGACAAGCUGAUGGCCUUCCUAAGAUACUGAUUCUAAAUUAGUUGUCACAUUUUUUUGUGCCCACCAUAACCUAUAAACAAAUCUCAUUGUUUUAGAGUUUCCUGAUACCAAAAACAUUUCUAUUUUGAUGAUGGGUAUGUGUCAGUGUGUGUGUCACAGUUUCUUAAAAAGGCGGAGAGCUGACAUGGCUGGACAGUAAAAUACCAAACUUGAAAAUUAAGCCUGUUAUGAGAUAACGAUGUGCUGAUUAGUUUUUGAGCCAAAUCAUGCAAGAGAAAGAGGCCCUGUAGGAACCCUCAAAUACCGCAAUUCUGCAAUUAAUUAUAAAUUCAUCGUAAUGACCUAUUUUAUGAUCAGAAAGAUCAGAAUCAGAGCGGAAUGUAAUUGCUGAAAUGUUAUAGAAUAGUUUAGGUAAUUUGGUUCUUAGGGCACAAAGCUUUCAAAUGCUGACAUCCAAAAUUUUUACUGGUCAUUUUGUAAGUGUGUCAGUCCAACUGCUAAAUUGUGCAGAAGGGCUUCUUUCUUUCCAUCUUGAAGGCAUAUUUUUGUCAUUAUCAACCAAUGUCUUCAGGUGUCAGCUUCACAUUUUUGCUGGAAAAAAUAAGACAAAUUAACUUUAGUAUUUUUUAGAAUUUCUACAAUCUAGAUUAAGUCUUCUCUGCUGAAGACCAAAGAGCUUAAUUACAGUCAACUUGUUGGGGCUGAGCAAAUCCUUUAGUCUAGAAAUGCACUUUAACAGGUUCUGAUGCUGCUUUGUUUUUUUUAGGUGGACAGAACUGAACUAAGUUAGAUAAAAUGUAGACUUGCGUAUUUUACAUCUUGAGACUAGCAUCCUGUCAUUCUAAAGAAUGUCUGAUACAGAUUAACAUUUUAUUUUCCAUUGUGAUGUGUGUCAACAAAAUACACCAGGUCAUCAUCAUAA